GAAGGAGGGUCCAGGCGAGCCUGACCCACCCCCGGACCCCGCGCUGACUGUUUCUAAGUUGAAAAAUCCUCUUCCGUCUUCUUUCCCUGCCUCCGCUCCUUUCCCUUUCCUCUCUGCAAAUAUUACUAGACCCCGCAUCUGGCGUCGCCGGUGCCCAGCAGUCUGCGGGGCAGGCGAUUAAUUGGAAUUCUACAAAAUGUCAGGUGUAGUACCCACAGCCCCUGAACAGCCUGCAGGUGAAAUGGAAAAUCAAACAAAACCACCAGAUCCAAGGCCUGAUGCCCCUCCUGAAUACAGUUCUCACUUUGUACCAGGACCCCCUGGAACAGCUGUCCCUCCAGAUGCAGGCUACCCAGGAGGCUUGCCUAUGGCAUACUACAGUCCACAGCAACCUGGGACCUUCCCUUCAUACCAGCCAAUUGGUGGUACCCAUCCUGUCUGUUAUCAGCCUGGAAAAUAUCCUGUGCCAAGUCAGCCUGUUCCAGUAACAUGGAUGCCAGGGCCAACUCCUAUGGCCAACUGCCCUCCUGGUCUGGAAUACUUAGUUCAGUUGGACAACAUACAUGUUCUUCAGCAUUUUGAGCCUCUGGAAAUGAUGACACAUUUUGAAACUAAUAAUAGAUAUGAUAUUAAAAACAACUCAGACCAGAUGGUUUACAUUGUAACUGAAGACACAGAUGACUUUACCAGGAAUGCCUAUCGGACACUAAGGCCCUUCGUCCUCCGGGUCACUGAUUGUAUGGGCCGAGAAAUCAUGACAAUGCAGAGACCCUUCAGAUGUACCUGCUGUUGCUUCUGUUGCCCAUCUGCCAGACAAGAGCUGGAGGUGCAGUGUCCUCCUGGUGUCACCCUUGGCUUUGUUGCAGAACACUGGAACCUGUGCAGGGCAGUGUACAGCAUCCAAAAUGAGAAGAAAGAAAAUAUGAUGAGAGUGCGUGGGCCAUGCUCAACCUAUGGCUGUGGUUCCGAUUCUGUUUUUGAGGUCAAAUCCCUUGAUGGUGUAUCCAACAUCGGCAGUAUUAUCCGGAAGUGGAAUGGCUUGCUGUCAGCAAUGGCAGAUGCUGACCAUUUUGACAUUCACUUCCCAUUAGACCUGGAUGUGAAGAUGAAAGCCAUGAUUUUUGGUGCUUGCUUCCUCAUUGACUUCAUGUAUUUUGAAAGAUCUCCACCACAACCUUCAAGAUAGAGAAACACAGCAAGCCAUCAACUAUGGUUAAUUUUGAAAAAUCGAAAAGUUGGGUUGGGCUUAUAGUCAACACUCAAUUAUUUGCAAGUGUAUUUCUUUGCUUUGCAGAGUACUUUACUGGGUGUUCACUUUGACAGCUGAGAGUAUGCUUGCAAGAACACAAUCUGAAAGUGUGUUUCAAUUGAAUAUCUCUCGGGUAGAAUAGGAGUUCAUCCUGAAAAGCUAUGACUCAUUAACCCAGUAAACAUCUAUAAAGUAAACUUAAAACACUAUAGACAUGAGAUAAGGGAAAAUGAAUCCCAGAGUUCUCAUAUCAAUAGGCAGUGAAAUAAUAAGGCUUUUUAGAGCAAACGUUGCUGGGAUAAAAUAACGUUUUAGGAUAAAAUAACGUUGCUAGGAUAGAAAUCUCUAACCCUUUCCUACCUUUCUGCUCCACCAACAUGUACUCAUACUGAAGACAAACUUGUUUCCAUGUGAAAAGAAUGUUAGUCUUCAUCGUUAAAAACAAAAAGGCAGACAGACAAAUAAUUAUGUUUUCUUGUGCUCAGAAGGUACUACUUGUACAUGUGUAUCAAAACCUCAUUCUGCAAAAUUUUUGAAGGUUUCAAUGGGAAAUUCGAUUUUAUUACAAAAUAAAACAUGUAUUUUUUUUAAUGUUAAGGUUUAUAUAUUCCAUGCCUGAUUUCUCAUUCACUGGCAUGGAUGAUCAGGAGCUGCCUAUAUAUGAAGGCAGAAUCAGAUUAUCAGGAAAGGAGCUGACCAGGGUCACAGCCAAUCAAGAAUGCUGAGCAACUUAGAGACAUUGGUGUCAUUAUAUGAAGCUUGUAUUUAAUACAUUUAUACAUAAUAUAUUUGUACGUUUAAUUCAUAACCUCUCUUGGCCACAGAUGCCUUAUAUGUAAAAUAUGUUGCCAAAUCUCUAAGAUUGCCUAGUACACCUUUGUAUCUCAUUUGAUGUGAUACAGAAGAGAUCUUUCUUUUUGUUUUCGUUGUUUUUCAAGAAGAUCUUUGGUGAUCACCGUGCUGUUCUAAUGGGAAGAAUUGGAGUUACAUUUUUAAAUUUGGAAGUGUGACAUUUUAUGUAGCACUUAAUGCUUUAUAAAAUAAAAAGUGAAAGCUACAAAUGCCAGCGCAGCUAAUACUGCAUUGCUUCUUUUUAUUUACAUGAUAGAUAAAUAUGUAUCUACACAGAGUAAUGAUAAAAAUACAGCAAACAUUCUGUUUCUCUGUGAUCUACAGCAUGCCAGUAAGUAAUAUGUAGGACCAAUAAUAACUUAGCAAUUAUACAUUUUUAUGUUAACUAAUUAAAAUAUAGUGUAUAAGUGAAUACAUUCUGAUUAAUUUCCUUCUGUCACACUUUAGUUUUCUACCUGCACAUGGACUGCAUUUUUUCAACACAGUCAGUAUGUAGAAUGGGGUGUAUUCUUCUUGUGCUCCUUAUUAAAUAAAGAAAGCCCAAGUGUUCUUAGACAGGGUUAUUCUGAGAUGAGGGCCUUAAUCUACAGUUCGUUUUUCAAUGAAAGAGAGGUGCUUCGUUUUUUAAAUUAUAUUUAUCUUUUCAGGGUAAAAGUUGUUUUGCUGAGUUUCAUGUAAUACUCAUUUUUACAAGCUGCUACUCGCAUUUUUUUUUAAAGUUGCUGCUUUCUAAAACAUUAAUUGCCUUAUAUUUGAAAGUGCCAUUGCAAUCGUAUAUAUUUCCUAUGACAUAUAUAUUUCCUAUGACAAUGUCUGAUAUUUAAAUAGAAAAUCAGACAAACAAUAUUCAAAAAGUUGAACCAUAUAAACUUUUUAUUUUUCACUUACUUAAAUUCCUAUAUUCCAAGACCUGCUGCAUCAUAAUAAAUAUGUCUAUAUAUAUUUAGCAUAAGAUGUGAUAUUUUAAACUUCUUUUUAAAAAAUUUAUGGUAUUCAUGUGUCUUAGAGUUAAAAUUUUCUCUUUAUAAAAUAUUAUCGAAUGUCAUAGUUUUAAUACAAUUCACAUAAUUUCUAUUUUUCUUAAUGAUAUUUUAUUGUAUAAAACUAUCAGGUUGAUUAAAAAACAAAUUAUCUG